GGGUAAGGCUGGGCCUUGGGGCUACUGGGCUCGGCUGGGGCUGAGUCCUGCACUCACUCCCUCCCUGCUUCUGCCAAAACUGCUGCCUCCUCCACUCCCUCUACCCGGACCCCUGGAACCCAGUUGGAGGGCACCUGAAGACACCAGCAGAGAGGAGGAGACUGAGGCCCACAGAAGGGAAGAGACUUACCUAAGAUCACAAAGCAAGUACACCCCUCCCAAGAAGUCAAGAUGUCGAGCAAACGGGCCAAGGCUAAGACCACAAAGAAACGUCCCCAGAGGGCUACGUCCAAUGUUUUUGCCAUGUUUGACCAGUCUCAGAUUCAGGAAUUCAAGGAGGCCUUCAACAUGAUUGACCAAAAUCGAGAUGGAUUCAUUGACAAAGAGGAUCUCCAUGACAUGCUGGCUUCCCUCGGGAAGAACCCCACAGAUGAGUACCUGGAAGGGAUGAUGAGUGAGGCCCCUGGGCCUAUCAAUUUUACCAUGUUCCUGACCAUGUUUGGAGAGAAGCUGAAUGGGACAGAUCCUGAGGACGUUAUUCGAAAUGCCUUUGCCUGCUUUGAUGAGGAGGCCUCAGGAGUCAUCCAUGAGGACCACCUUCGGGAGCUGCUCACCACCAUGGGUGACCGAUUCACAGAUGAGGAGGUGGAUGAGAUGUACCGAGAGGCCCCCAUCGACAAGAAGGGCAACUUCAACUACGUGGAGUUCACCCGGAUCUUGAAGCAUGGGGCCAAGGACAAGGAUGACUAAUCAGCCCACCCUCCCAGUCCUUGUGCCCCCCACAGUCUUGCCACCUCACUCCCAACUUCCAUGCUCCUCAUGCCCCUUGCAUUCCACACAGCUGCCAUGUACCAGGAAGGUUGAUGAGCUCUUGCCUGGCCCUAGAUCUGACACAUCUGCAGAGCAGGAAGGCUGAGAGCCCCUGGGCUUUGGGGAUGGGUGUCCCUUGGCUCUUGUCAAAGGGAAUGGGACCUCAGGCCUCUAGGAUGCCUGAAGGGAUAUUCAGGGGAAGGCGGAUCUCUUCCUUGGCAAGUACCAGGCCUGGGCUCCAGGAGACACUUGCUUCAUAGCUUAUCCACCACACACUACAGUCCAAGGCCCCAAACAAGGGAAGGACCAGUCCAAGUCAUCUGGCCAAAGCUGACCACCUGCCCCCUUUUCCAUUGGCCUGCAGGGACCAACUUUCCCUCGGCCCCAGUCCCUUGCCACUGCCUCAUCUGGUUAUUGUGGCCUAUUUCAUGGUGAUACAUUCCUUGUUCUUACAGGGGACCCUAAAACAUUCCUCCUUCUCUCUUGUGUCCCCUGCACACACCCUGCCCUUUCAGCAUCAUUCACCUGCCUCACCAAAGGUACACAGAGGAGAGGAGCAUGGCACAAACACCCUGUCCAGCUUCCAGACAGGGGUUCAAGUGGGUGUCCAAGGAAGUGUAUCUUAUUGGGUGUGCACCCAUGCAUGUUAAAGCAAGUGUGUGGCUUGUGUGAAUCCAUGUGUAUGUGUGAUUAUAUGUUUAUGUACGUAUACAUCUGUGUAAUGUAAUGUGUUCAGGUGCAUGUGUUUCCAAGGCUUAACACUGACUUUAGAUUUUGGGAAGAAAGACAAAGAAAGACUGCCCAAAAUAGAAGACACUAGCCCAAGCAGACUCAGUUCUUCUCUGUGCAGUGGAGGGGUAAGGAAUAGGGAGGGUUGCUCAUCUGGGAUUUCAAGGUCAGGUACUCGGGGGAUGGGGAUGGGAUUUCUCCAAAGGCCAUAUCCUGACAUCUUUACCAUAGCCCUGUCCUCCUCUGUCCCCUCCCCUGCUCUGACAGUCUUCUGGAUCCCCUGCCCAAAGACCUGUUGUCCCCCUGAGCUACAACCCCCAUUACUCUGGACACUCCUUCCCUUUCUUCUCCAUCCUCUGAAAAUCAGUUUCUUUUGUCUCUACCUCCCCACUCUAGAAGAAAAAAAAAGAAGCCAGAACUUUGGUUCAAA